CAAACACCAAACACCCAACCCCCACCAACCCACCUAGGUACCCACCUACCUAGGUACAUACCUACCUACCAAUCUCACCUCCACAAAACACACAAAACACACACACAGACAUACAGACGCACAGAGAGACAGAGACAGCAAUGCAGCACCCCGCAAGCACGCACUCGCUCGCCGCUCGCGCCUAGGAUCGAGACGCAGACGCAGAAGCAUAAAUGCCCACGUACUUCUUCCACCUCGCGUUUGAGCUGUACCCGACUCCGCACCCGACUCCGCAGACGCACACAGAAUCGCACGCGCAGACGCACACGCACGCGCAACCACACGCCAGAACAAGGACAGAGGCACCGACAGCAGAAGCAGCAGCAGCAGAAGGAGAAGAAGAAGAGGAAAGGCCGUUCCUGCCUCCGCCGGGCACAGACAUCUUCGCGCCUGCGCUCCUGCCCGUCCACCGCGUUACGUCGUGGGCUGCGCCGGUGGUGAGGACGAAGCGGACGCGACGUGAGCGUGAGCGUAAUAAGACUGGGACUGCGGACGAGAGCGGCGUUUGCGACCAGGUUGAGCAAUCGCGGAAACCGAUCACGCCUAGAGACUGGCGCUUCGACCGCGUGUCCAUCCAGAGCAUCGACAUGGAGGCGCGCGGCGCAGACGGCAGCGGCGCCGGGGAAAAGCGCGCGUCGAGCGGCCUCGCGACAAAGGGCAAGUUUGUGCCGGCGGAUCCGAAGAACACCGAGGUCGGGUGGGGCGUGGUGCAUCUGUACCGGGACGCGCAGGAGACGCCGGGCCUGUACGACGACACGGCGUCGAGCACGGGGUCGGAGGCCGGCGCGCCUGGAAACGAGGCGUUCAGCGAGGAGGACUGCACCACGCUGUGCAUUUUGGCUGUGCCGUCGUAUAUGACACCUUCGGACUUGCUGGGCUUUGUUGGCGAGCAGACGCGCGAGGACGUCAGCCAUUUCAGGCUGAUACGGACGGGCCGCGCGAAUAAGUACAUGGUGCUUAUGAAGUUUCGGGAGGCGAAGAAGGCGAGGCAGUGGCGGAAGGAGUGGAACGGGAAGCUGUUCAACAGCAUGGAGCCCGAGAACUGCCAUGUCGUGUUUGUCAAGUCGAUCGAAUUCCAGACCUCCGAUGCCAACCGCGAUCCUUCGAGCUUCCCCAACAUGACCAACGACCCGUUCACGCCUGCAGCCAGGCCGGCCCCUACGGCACCGCUGCCCGCCAGCUCGUCCGAGACCAGCACGCAGAUCGCGACGUCGCUGUCGGCGAAGCCGCUGGCGCCGCCAACGCCCUCGCUGGUGGAGCUCCCGACGUGCCCGGUGUGCCUGGAGCGCAUGGACGAGACGACGGGCCUGCUGACGAUCCUUUGCCAGCACGUGUUCCACUGCGCGUGCCUGGAGAAGUGGCGGGGCAGCGGGUGUCCGGUGUGCCGGUACACGCAGGCGGACUCGUUAGCAGCGCGAGGAGGCUACGGGGCGGACGGGACGGGCGCGGAGAACGAGUGCAGCGUGUGCGGGACGACGGCGAACCUGUGGAUCUGCCUCAUCUGCGGCAACACGGGGUGCGGGCGGUACGACGCGGCGCACGCGUUCCGCCACUACGAGACGACGGCGCACAGCUACGCCAUGGACAUCGCGACGCAGCACGUGUGGGAUUACGCGGGCGACGGCUACGUGCACCGGCUGAUCCAGACCAAGGCCGACGGGAAAUUGGUGGACCUGCCCGCCGCGCACCAAACCGCAGCAGGGGCAGCGACGGCGGCGUCGGCGACGCAGCACCCGAACGCAGGGCUGGCCGGCGUGCCGGCCGAGUCGGUGCCGCGCGAGAAACUGGACAACAUGGCCUCCGAGUACGCGUACCUGCUGACGUCGCAGCUCGACUCGCAGCGCGCGUACUUCGAAGAGCAAGUCGAGCGCGCAGCGGACAAGGCUGCGCAAGCGAGCGCGGCGGCGGACAAGGCGGCCGCGAGCGCCGAGCGCUUGGCGGCGCAGGUGCGGGAGCUGCAGGACGGGCGGGCGCGGGCCGAGACGGCGCUCGCGGAGCUGGAGCGCGAGCAUGCGCGUGUUGCGGCGCGGGCGGGGAAGGCGGACGAGUUGGCGAGGGGACUGGCGAGGCAGGUGAGAGAGGAGAAGAGCGUUAGUGAUAGCUUGAUGGAGCGGAUCCGGUUUUUGGAGGGGAGGGUUCGGGAGGGCGAGGUCAGGGUCGAGGUGCUGGAGGGGGAGAAGAGAGAGCUGGAGGAGGUGAAUCGCGAUUUGGGGUUUUUUAUUAGUGGGGGGGAGAAGUUGCGGGAGUUGCAGGGGGGUGGUGACAGUACCGGAGGGGGUGAUGGGGGUGGUGGAGGUGGAGGUGGAGGUGGGGUCGGGCUCGGGGUUACGAGCGAGGAGAUUGUCGAGGGACGGGUUGAGGUGCCUGUGCCGCCUCCGCCGCCGGCUGCGGGAGAGGAAAAGGGGAGGAGGAAGAAGGGCAAGGGAAGGAAGUAGUCUAGGUAGUCUAGGUAGUAAGUAGGUACACAUGCCUGCGGGGUUCUUGCUUGCUUGUUUUGUUUUGUUUUGUGGAUCGCGUCUUUCUUGCCUUUCUUGGUUUCUUGGCUGUUCUGUUCUGCUCUGUUGUUGUUGUGGUGGUGGUGGUGGCGUGCGUGUGUGGUGUUGGGCUGGUCAGGGUGGAUUAGGGUAGGAUAGAAGCAGUAGCAUAGGCAGGUACGAAGGAAUAAAGCACAUCUUCAAGAAUCAAGAUAGCCCUAAAUUCGGAAUGGAAGAAGCCAAGUAGUUAGCUAGCUAGCGGUAAGGGGGUGGAAUGUAUAGAGUAGGUAUAGGUAUAGAGAAUUAUAGCAUAGCAUUAUAUACGUUUACUUCAGCGCAGAAGAGUGGGAUUAACUAUAUGUAUAAAGGAGUCGAGGGAAGAGAAGAAAAAGU